AUGGAGGCACCUACUGAUCAGAGUGUGGAAUUGACGGCGAAAGCAGUGACUGAUGUUUCGGUUGGCGCCGCGGUAGUGGCCGUGGCAAACCAGGUGGCCGCAUCCGUGGAUCCGAAGGCCGCGCAGGUGGCCACUGGAGGCAGUCAGACGGUCACGAACCAGCCAUGGGAUGCCCACUUGGAGGAUCCCAGCAUCCAGACCGGCUAUACCUUCGUUCCGGAGAUGACCUGGGAGGAGCGCAGGUCUGCCCUGCAGCUAAACGGCCCACACGUGACGGACUUCAUCCAGCGGGUGGAGUUCAUAAGUCUCGGCUGCUAUUGCUCUCCUUCCUAUGCGCUGCAGCUUCUGAACCUCCGGAAGAACUCCUACCCUUUCGACUGGACCCGGAGCUCGUUGGAGGGAAUCCUCCAUUGCCUGGACAUGCGCUUUGAGGACUUUUUGACUUACUCGACCUACCAGAUGGUUGACCAGCACGUGGUCUUCGGAGGUACUCGCUGGGGGGGAUCCUUUUGGCACCACAACUUGGAGGCGCCAAUGACGGUCCAGGAUAUGACCAGGCGAAUUCAUCGCUUCCUCGGCACGGGCGACGUAUCCCCGAAAGUGCCGCGGGUGUUCAUCCGGAUCAUCAACUCCACCCGAGAGAUUGGCCAAGCCAUUAGGCUGCGGCAGGCGCUGAAGAGUUCUUUCCCAGAGGCCCAGGAGAUCUACAUGCUCCUGCUGAUUGAACUUCAAAUGGAGCGCGGCCCAAUAGCCGUGACAGCUCCGGAAGGCCAGGGUCUCUUCUUCUUUAGCUUUACCGAGGAGGAGUUUCGGCAGGUGCCCGCGCCCGGCCGGCAUCCUCUUUCGCUCAGCGGCGCCCGGUGUGCCGAAGCCAUCGCCGCGGGCCUGAAAUGGUGGGCCGGCGAGGGCAUGGACUUGAAUGUGCGCACCUGCGACUCGCUGGCACAGUUGUCCUCCCGGAUCUACCAGUUUGAUGGGGGCGACCCGGCGCGCGAGCUCUUCGUUUUUGGGGGCAACAGCUGGGCACCUUCGGGGACGGCGCAUCCAUGGAGCGGCUCUUGUCGCUCACGCAGCAGCAGGCCUUCGUGCUGCCGCCCGGGGUGGACGCAUCAAAGCCCUUCCCAGUACAGUGCUUCGGCCGCUAUUUGCAGGUUCAGCUGCCCGCCUUUGCUCAGCAGGGGCUGGUCGUUCAGCUCUUCCUCAACCGCGGAGAGCUGA